AUGAUCCGAAUUUCAGCAAUAAGUGGCUCGACUCCUGACAAGUGCCAUUCAUUCAACUUUGACCAUUCGUAUUGGUCGUAUUCGAGAGAUGAUGCUCAUUACGCCAGUCAAAUUCAGGUCUAUCAAGACCUUGGCGUCGAAAUGCUCGAACACGCCUUUGAAGGAUAUAAUGUGUGUAUAUUUGCCUAUGGACAGACGGGUGGUGGCAAAUCGUAUACCAUGAUGGGAAAACCGGGUGACGAGAACGAGAUGGGAAUUAUACCACGGCUUUGUAAUGACUUGUGUGCACGAUGUGAACAAGUUGCACCGACACAAUGCCUAACAGUUACUUCAGUCGAGGUGUCUUACAUGGAAAUCUACUGUGAACGCGUUAAGGAUCUGUUGAAUCCGAAUAGCGGAGGAAAUCUUCGAGUUCGUGAACAUCCUCUGCUCGGACCAUAUGUGGAUGAUCUGACAAAAAUGGCUGUUUGCUCUUAUCAGGACAUCUGCCACUUGAUGGAUGAAGGCAAUAAAGCUCGAACUGUGGCAGCGACAAAUAUGAACUCGACAUCAUCUCGUUCUCAUGCCGUCUUCACCAUAGUGUUGACUCAGAAGCGACAUUGUCCUGAUGCCAAUUUGGAUACUGAGAAGGUGUCGAAGAUCUCACUGGUCGAUUUGGCCGGAAGUGAACGAGCAACAUCAACAGGUGCAGAGGGACAACGAUUGAAGGAAGGAGCGAAUAUCAACAAAAGUCUGACAACACUUGGCCUGGUCAUUAGUAAACUAGCCGAGGAGAGUACAAAGUACGGAGAGGCUGGUAAGAAAUCGAAGCGUGGUAAAGGAGUGGUACCAUAUCGAGACUCGGUGCUCACCUGGCUGCUUCGCGAAAACCUUGGCGGAAAUUCGAAAACGGCGAUGAUCGCAGCACUUUCACCGGCUGACAUCAACUUCGAUGAGACACUCAGCACAUUACGAUUGUCUGUCAAGCAGUGGUCAACGAGGAUCCGAAUGCGAAACUUAUACGUGAACUUAAAGAGGAGGCUAGUUAAUAAACUUCGCGCCAUUCUGGAGGAGAAAGGUAUCGAUGUCGCAGCCGACGAUAUGAAGACGUCCCAACCCGGUCGACCUCGACAACUCUAUUCGGCUCGCGAUCAUGACACCAUCGAACAGCUCAAGGCUUCCGAGAAGCUCAUCGCUGAACUGCAUGAGACAUGGGAAGAAAAACUGCGAAAGACAGAGGAGAAUACUCGUCAGCGCGAGCUCAGAGAAAUGGGACUCGCGACCACCGAAGACGGAACCACACUUGGUGUUUUCAGCCCGAAAAAGGAUGCACAGUGCUUCGUGAAUGGACGUCCAAUCAAAAGUCUCACUAUACUGCACACCGGCUCACGCGUCAUACUUGGCAACUACCACGUGUUCCGGUACAACGAUCCGCAGGAGGCUAGGCAAAGUCGGCACAAUUUAUCGUCUCUGAGCGACCAACCUCUCGAUUGGAAAUAUGCCCAACAAGAGCUGUUGGAAAAGCAGGGCAUCGAUCUGAAGGCGGAGAUGGAAAAGAAACUACUUGAAAUGGAAAGCCAAUACCGACGUGAACGUGAGGAGCUCGAGCUGAAAAUGCUACGCCAGACUAAGGAGUAUGAAACCCGCAUUGAAAGUCUACAGAGGCAGGUCGAUUUGGCUCAAUCCAUGAUCAGUUCAUGCGGAUCCGGAUGGGAAGGAGAACGAUUCCUCACUAGUUCACUGAUGGAAUUUGCUGAAGAGUGCAAAUGGACGACCGGUCAAGAGAAAGUGGCCAGAAAAGCUGCCAUCAAAUGGCGAUACCAUCAGUUCACUUCGGUUCGAGAUGACCUGUGGGGUAACGCAAUUUUCGUGAAGGAGGCAAAUGCCAUCUCGGUUGAGUUGAAAAAGAAAGUACAAUUCCAGUUCGUCUUGUUGACUGAUACUAUGUACAGGUGGCGAAUUUUUAUUACAGUGUCCUACUAUCAUGUAUCUAUCUUAUUUAUCUUAUCUUAUAUCAUUCAUGCGUCCCCGUUCACGCGUUUUAUUUUCUUUGAAGUUCCAAAAAAGAUCUGUUUCAAACAGUCUUGA